AUGUCUUUUUUGUUCCUCUAUCACACAAUCUCGACCCGCCUCUUCUCACCGGCACUGAUCCCACCUCUCCUACUGCAGAUCCGCGUCCUCAUCUUUCCCAACAACACUCUAGGCCCACCUCCGCCGCCUCCUCCCUCUGUAGAAGAGGCACGCAAGAUCCGCUCCAAGGCCGCCUCUGACAUUCUCUCCUUGGUCCCUAGAACUGUGGGUAAGACGUUCUUCGCCGUCAAUGACGCCGAGAAUGCAGAAGAUGAGGAGAUGAAAAUCCGGAUAGAGGUCGAGGAGAGGCUAUUGGGGUGGACAGACGAUGUUGAGAUGAACAAGUACCUUGUCUAUGCCAUUUUGGAGCACGUUCUCCUGAAGCUUGUGCCAGAAAUGAAAGAUAAGACGCCCUCUGCGCUUUUGGCUGAAAGAGGCGUGGAUCUACUUGCAUCAGAGGAGGGGGAAAAGGUUGAGGAGUGGCCUGAUGGUAAUGGAGCUUGA